AUGGGGGCGUGCAAGCGAGUCCCGACUUGCCCCCACACACAACUUGUUACCGCGAUACACAGCUGGCGUGGCCUUGGAGCACCCCGAGUGCCAGCAGGCGCCGCGAGCAGCACGCCAGAGCGCGGGCGUGGCGACGCCAUUCGCGUUUGCCUAGGUUGCCGCGGGGAGAAGGCAAGACGAACUCCUCCCUCGCUCUUCAAUAUGCGUCGUCCCAAGAUCUCCGCCGUCGUGACUGGACCACAAUACCCCCGAAUUGAGAGGGCAGCGCCAGCUGCUACCCAGCGCGCAGGCUGCGACAGGUCAGGUUGCUACAGUGGUGCCCCUAAGAGGGCAGCGCCAGCUGCGACAGGUCAGGUUGCCACAGUAGUGCACCAUGUGUCGCUGGACGUCUAG